AUGUCUACAAUUCUCGUUACUGGAGGAAACGGCUUCGUAGCUGCUCAAGUACUCAUCGCAGCUCUCGAACGUGACUAUACUGUCGUAUCGACCGUACGCACAGAGAAAAAAGGAGAGGAGACCAAGACUGCACUGUCCUCUCGUCUCUCGCCCGCCCAGCUCUCCAAACUCAGUUUCGCCAUUGUGCCCGUCAUCGAAGACGAGCAUGCGUUUGAUAAAGUGCUCACGGAGAACAAGUUUGAUGCCGUCGUGCACACAGCUACACCAUUUAUCUUGAGUGCCAAGGAUCCAAAGGAAAUUACGGGACCUGCCGUGGGCAGCACGAAGAGUUUGUUCAAAGCGAUCAAUGAUCUCGCACCGACAGUCAAGAGGGUCGUGCUCACGAGUAGCUUUGCAUCUGUCGUAGACCCUGCAAAAGGGUGGAGAAGUGGAUAUGUAUAUUCCGAAAAGGAUUGGAAUCCGAUCUCAUGGGAGGAGACGCACGACGGCGAUGGCAGUCACGCCUACUAUGGCGCCAAGAAGUGGGCAGAAAAGGCCGCAUGGGAAUACAUGGAAGAAAACAAGCCGCAUUUCGACCUGGUCGCCCUCUGCCCACCCAUGGUCUUUGGCCAAGUCGCGCAAUACGUGCCAUCAGCAGAAGCACUCAACACAUCCUCUGCAGCACUCUUCCAAAUGCUCUCUCCUGGCGCGAAUGCAGACGGAAGCAUCCCACCUCACAGCGUUGCACUCUGGGUCAACGUCGCCGAUCUUGGCACGGCACACGUCCUUGCACUGUCCGCCAAAGACGCGAGUAAUAAGCGAUUCAUCAUCGCCGCUGACGGGACCUAUAACAACAAGGCUAUCUGCGACGUCUUCCGUUCUCAUUUCCCCGAUUUAGCAUCCAGAAUUCCUACCAAGGUUCCAGAGGGGUUCAAUGAAGAUGGGACACCAAUCGGGGGAUCUUAUACCGCGGAUAAUAGCUUGAGCAAGGAGGUGCUCGGGUUGAAGUACCAGAGCCUUGAGGAUACGAUGGUUCAGUUCGGGGAGAGUGUGAAGAAAUUUGUGCAGUAA